GCAAAACAUUCUAGCCACAGCAGUACUGACAGGAGCUCUCAAAUCAAAUCAGGAUACAAAUACAAGGAGAUGUUAUUAAGUUGGAGCAAGGGGGACAUUUAUUAGCUCAGUGACAAGUCCUGGCUCUCGUGAUUAACCUUUGAUGCCAUUCAUGCAAGCACCCAAUCACGAGCAAGAUCAGAAGUUCAGAGAUGCCUACAAAUUGCCAACAAGUGUGGCCACUCUACGUUAAGGGCUCUAAAACUGUGGCAGAGAGGAAGAACAGCUUUACAGAGGAUGCCCAGCUGGUAAGAAUCGACUGUUUAUGAUGCUCUGGUCACUUGAAGGCUCUCAUUGGCUGAAAGGAAGAAACACCCCGCCUCUUUGCAAAUCUGUGUAAAGGGGGGGAAGUGUCUAAACUUUUAUGUCUGAUGGCAUUUGACCCUAUUGCUUUCAGCCUCCUGGCUACAUACCUAGAUAUUCUCAGGUGUAUAUGUAUAUUUUAUAGAAUUGCUCUCCAUCUGUUGGUAUCAAAGAGAGUUGAAGGAAAUGAAUUUUGAAACUUCACGGUGUGCCACCCUACAGUACUGCCCCGACCCUUACAUCCAGCGUUUCAUAGAAACCCCAGCUCAUUUCUCUUGGAAAGAAAGUUAUUACCGAUCCGCCAUGUCACAGAGCACCCAGCCAAGUGAGUUCCUCAGCCCAGAGGUGUUCCAGCAUAUCUGGGAUUUUCUGGAACAGCCUAUAUGCUCAGUACAGCCCAUUGACUUGAACUUUGUGGAUGAACCAUCAGAAAAUGGUGCAACAAACAAGAUUGAGAUUAGCAUGGACUGUAUCCGCAUGCAAGACUCAGACCUCAGUGACCCCAUGUGGCCACAGUACACGAACCUGGGGCUCCUGAACAGCAUGGACCAGCAGAUUCAGAAUGGCUCCUCAUCCACCAGUCCCUACAACACAGACCAUGCACAGAACAGCGUGACGGCGCCCUCGCCCUAUGCCCAGCCCAGCUCCACCUUUGAUGCCCUCUCUCCAUCUCCUGCCAUUCCCUCCAACACAGAUUACCCAGGCCCACACAGCUUCGAUGUGUCCUUCCAGCAGUCAAGCACCGCCAAGUCGGCCACCUGGACGUAUUCCACGGAACUGAAGAAGCUGUACUGCCAGAUCGCGAAGACGUGCCCCAUCCAGAUCAAGGUGAUGACCCCACCCCCACAGGGCGCUGUCAUCCGCGCCAUGCCUGUCUACAAGAAAGCCGAGCAUGUCACCGAGGUUGUAAAACGAUGUCCUAACCACGAGCUGAGCAGGGAGUUCAAUGAGGGACAGAUUGCCCCUCCCAGUCACCUGAUUCGAGUGGAAGGGAACAGCCAUGCCCAGUAUGUAGAAGAUCCUAUCACGGGAAGGCAGAGUGUGCUGGUCCCUUAUGAGCCACCACAGGUGGGCACUGAAUUCACAACAGUCCUCUACAAUUUCAUGUGUAACAGCAGCUGUGUUGGAGGAAUGAACCGCCGUCCAAUUUUAAUCAUUGUUACUCUGGAAACCAGAGAUGGGCAAGUCCUGGGCCGACGGUGCUUUGAGGCCCGGAUCUGUGCUUGCCCAGGAAGAGACCGGAAGGCAGAUGAAGACAGCAUCAGAAAGCAGCAAGUAUCGGAUAACGCAAAGAACGGCGAUGGUACGAAGCGCCCUUUCCGCCAGAAUACACACGGAAUCCAGAUGACUUCCAUCAAGAAGCGGAGAUCCCCAGAUGAUGAGCUGCUGUACCUACCAGUGAGAGGCCGUGAGACUUAUGAGAUGUUGCUAAAGAUCAAAGAGUCGCUGGAACUCAUGCAGUACCUCCCCCAGCACACGAUCGAAACCUACAGGCAGCAGCAGCAGCAGCAGCACCAGCACCUACUUCAGAAACAGACCUCAAUGCAGUCUCAGUCUUCGUACGGUACCAGCUCCCCACCUCUGAACAAGAUGAACAGCAUGAACAAGCUGCCUUCUGUGAGCCAGCUUAUUAACCCACAGCAGCGCAACGCCCUCACUCCCACUACCAUGCCUGAGGGCAUGGGAGCCAACAUUCCUAUGAUGGGCACUCACAUGCCGAUGGCUGGAGACAUGAACGGACUCAGCCCCACCCAAGCUCUCCCUCCCCCACUCUCCAUGCCCUCCACCUCCCAUUGCACCCCUCCACCUCCAUACCCGACAGACUGCAGCAUUGUCAGUUUCUUAGCAAGGUUGGGCUGUUCAUCAUGUCUGGACUAUUUCACGACCCAGGGGCUGACCACCAUCUAUCAGAUUGAGCAUUACUCCAUGGAUGAUUUGGCAAGUCUGAAGAUCCCCGAGCAGUUCCGACAUGCCAUCUGGAAAGGCAUCUUGGACCACAGGCAGCUGCAUGACUUCUCCUCACCUCCGCAUCUCCUGAGGACCCCAAGUGGUGCCUCUACAGUCAGUGUGGGAUCCAGUGAGACCCGUGGUGAACGUGUGAUUGAUGCCGUGCGCUUUACCCUCCGCCAGACCAUCUCUUUCCCACCCCGUGACGAGUGGAACGACUUCAACUUUGACAUGGAUUCUCGUCGCAACAAGCAGCAGCGCAUUAAAGAGGAAGGGGAAUGAGCUCCCGUUGCUGGGUUCUUCCUUGUCUUCUUCCACCUCCCAGCCCCUACAGGGCAUGCCCGCUUGAUCCUCAAAGCCUUCUGGCUAGCUCUGCUCCUUCUCCUUCUCAGUCUGGUUUCUAAAGGAACAGACAAUUAGGAGGCUACCUAUUACCUAAAGUCUGACCUGUCACCUGAUUCUGAUUCUGGCUAUAAGCCUUCAAUACUCUUGCUUGCAAGAUGCGUUGACAUUGCUAGAUAGAAGUUAGCAAAGAAGCAGUGGGUCUCUUUAAGCAGUAGAGAUCUCUCAUUGACUUUUAUAAAGCAUUUUCAGCCUUAUAGUCUAAGACUAUAUAUAUAAAUAUAUAAAUAUACAAUAUAUAUUUUGGGUGGGGGUAUUGAGUAUUGUUUAAAUGUAAUUUAAUGGAAAUUGAGUUGCACUUAUCAACCUUUGGAAUUUUCUUGUUUUGGAUGGCUGAUCUGUACCCCUUUCUCAGGGGUACCAUGUAUGACGACAGAUAUCUAGAGUUGAAUGGUUUAUGUGAGUAACAGUAGUGUGUAGGUCCUCUCUUUUCUUUGGAUGUUUAGUGUUUAGCACAUCAAACCUGUGGAUGCAUCCAGUGUGUUUACCAUUGCUUCCUAUGAGGUAAAGCUGUAUAUAUGUACACAGUUUUCUCUGUCAGUAUAUUUUAUGUUACUGGUGUCCAUUCCAGUUAGGCUGGUUCACUCUGUGGUUAUUACAAGCCAAAUUUUAUGUUUGCUUUGUCACAUAGUAUAGGACAGGGCAUCGUCUUUUGCUUUUGUUUGAGAAUGAGGAAUGGGAUGCAGUUUUGUUUUUUUUUUUUCUAGAAAUUCUUAAAUGGUCCAAGUCAGCCAUUCCAAACAUCUGAUGAAACAUAGCCAAAUAUAGCAGUAGCCCUUGGAAAUUUAAGACCCCACACCCUAGUAUUUAUUAGAAAAACACAAACAAAUCAUUUGCUGUCAUUAGAGCAGCCUUAAAACUAAAUUUCACUACUAGAUUCACUUAAGUAAAAUAUACAUUCACUGCUCUUGUGAGAACAAGAGUUGAGCCAAUUAGUCAGGACGAGUGGAAUUUGUCCACUUUUUAUGGAGAGUUGUAAUGUCUAUUAGAAAGAUUCAGGAAAAAUAAGAAUGAUUCAGAAAUACUGAAUCUCAAUGAAAAAAUAAGAAAGCUAUCCCACCAAGCUCUGAGUUUAAAUUCCUUUUGAAGCGUGGAGUGUGCUUGGGAGAUGUACCUUUUAAAGACUUUCCUAUCUAUAAGACACUGCAUGCAGAGGCAAGUUUAUCUCUCCCCAAGGUCUAAAAUAAGAGCAGUGGCUUGGAAAAUACAAACUGAGUAGUGUAGCUUUCACAUGGCAUGAGCUGAACUACUGCUAUUUUCCUCUUGAUCAUCAAAGUGCCAUUGCUUUGAAAGCAGAGGUGAAGACCCUGUUUUCUGCCUGACCCUUUCUGAGCUACGUGUAGACCAAGAGCUGUCUACAAAUCCAGGGCAAACCUCUUCACUGCAGCUGUUUAAUCCACAUUGAGAGAGACUUGUUUCACACUUUGGGAACCCAUGCAACAGUGUUCCCCCUAGAUACUUUGGAAACAUUUUGAGACAAGUGUUUUUUUUUUUUUUUCCAGUCUAAAUCAAGUGUUGUCUGUAUGCUAAGGAGCUCCACAAUCCUCCUGCACAUCUUGGUAAAGGGCUGUCAUUGCACAUGAGCUCCCAUUUUUAUUUUAAAGUGCAAAUGGGCUAAUAUGCCUAUGAAAUGUAAUGUAUGGGUUUUGCCAGAAAAUCGUAUAUUGUAUAUGCGUGUGUGUGAAAUUGCAUACUGUGCUGGUUUUGUUUGUUAUGGCUUUCUCUUUGGGAUAGUUGGGUUUUCCAGAACCACAGAUGAAACAUUUUUUGUUGCUGUUUUUAUAUUUUUGCUGAAAGACCAUUUAGUGCGAAUUCAAUGUCAAAUAAGACAUGAUACCUUAAUUGUAAGAAGGUGGGAAGGGAAAGUUGUUUUUUUUUUUUUUUUAAAUUUUGUAUGCAAAAGAAAAGGAGUCCUUAAUUUCAACAUUUUGUUGUGUUUAAAUGAUGAUAAGCAUCGUUAACUUCUGUAACUCACAGCUUUGCAAAUUCAGUGGGUGGAGAACAAAGCUGUGUCUUAGCCAGAUUAGGAAGACCAAUGGCUUCCUGUGUGUUGUGAGUAUUUGGGCUGUUUUAGCACUGUUGAGGUGGCACAGGGGACUCUGAGGCAUUUCAGCACUAUUUAGGUGGCACUAGGGACUCUGAAAUUCCUGUACUGUAUCUGAUGAUUUUGGCAUUAGCCAUAGGUAGGCACAGUUUCUCUCCUCACAGUAGGGUUAAGUGUGUGAAUAGCCAGAGCUGUGGGGAAGAGCAUGGAGAACAGACAUCUGCUGGAUGCCUCUCACUGGAGAAUAGGAUUCCUUUGCUUGGUGGUGCAGUAGAUAGGACAGAAGCAGGAUCCUUGUUAAUCCAGUUAGCUUUUGUUUUCUUGGUAUUCCCCCAAAUACGUUGACUAUGAGAGAUAUGUGGGGUUUUUUUUUAUUUUUAUAAUUGUACAAAAUUAAGCAAAUAUCAAAUGUUUUAUAUACUUUAUUAAUUUUUUUCAAGAGGUACUUUCUUAUAGACAUGAUACUUUUUUACAGCUUCAGUUGCUUGUCUUUUGGUAUUUUUGUGUUAUGGGCUAUGGUGAGCCAGAGGCAGAGCUAUAAGCCAUUUUUGUUUGCCAGGACAUGCAAUAAAAUUUAAAAAUAAAUGAAAAUACACUGAGAAAUUG